GUUUUGUCCCUACGUGGUACCCGUAUCAAUUUGGUUAAUCCAAAAUGGCGACGACCACAGUUGGAAACGAUAUUAUUGACUCUGACCUUCCCACUGCUGUGAGUCUACUCAACAGUCUCACAGAACAGGUUGCUUCAGUAACAAGUCAUGUCCGGGAUAUGAUAAAGAAAGUCAGAGAGAAAGCGUUUCAGACUUCUAAGGGUUUGUCUUUUCUGGACGUGAGAUAUCAUCUGUUAUUGUUUUACUUGCAAGAUAUUACUCAUUUGAUCAGUUUAAAGUCAGAAGGAGAAAGUUUGAAGGACAACAGCGCCAUCCACAGGCUGGUCACCAUAAGGACGGUUUUGGAGAAAAUGCGUCCGCUAGAUCAAAAGCUGAAAUAUCAGAUUGAUAAAUUAGUGCGGACUGCAGUGACAGGCAGCCUCUCUGAAAAUGACCCUCUACACUUGCGCCCUAAUCCUCAGAAUCUGGUUAGCAAGCUCAGUGAAUCUGAGAAUUCAGGUGAUGAGGGCGAAGAAGGAAAAACAAAACGGGGAAAAGAGCCUUCAUCCGGCAGGAGAUAUGUACCUCCUCGAAUUGCUCCAAUGCACUAUGAUGGGGACACGACGGAAGCAGACCGGCAGAAGGAGCGCAUUGACAAACAGAAGAAAGCGGCUCUCCGGAGCUCCGUGAUCCAGGAGCUCCGGCAGCAAUACAGCGACGCUCCGGAGGAGAUCCGAGACCGCAGAGACUUCCAGACUGAGCGGGAGAGCCGAGAGGAGCAGAACAGGAAAAACUACGAGGAGUCCAUGAUGGUCCGUCUCAGUAUGACACGCGAGCAGAGGCUCAGGAAGAGAGGAAUGAUGGGAAUGGCAUCACAGCUGAGUAACAUCACACGAUUCGGUGACAUCACUGCUCUGACGGGGGGAGAAGCACAGGAUAUUGGUAAUUCAAAACCCAAGAAAAAGAAGAAAACCAUUAAGAAAAGUAAAAAGAAAAUUUUCAGAAAGCACAAGUAAACCUCUGAUGCAAAGGAGAACGUUUAAGAGGAAUUUCAACAAA